CACGAUUCGGUGACGUCGGCGUUGCGCGGUGGCUGUAAUGGAGGAUGCGAGCGGGGUACUGAGGCAGUGAGGAGACGGGCUCGUAUUUUAAUGGGUAAAGAGUUCUCAGAGCCCGCUCCCGUCUGACGCAGUAUUGGGACUGGAGUUUACAGAAUAAAUUUGGACAUCCUCGCCUACAACCAUCCCACCUGAAGGAGGAGUGCUUUAAUGAAGGUUAGUUGAACUUGGCAACAUGCCAGCAGCAACAGUGGAUCACAGCCAAAGAAUCUGUGAGGUCUGGGCUUGUAACCUGGAUGAAGAGAUGAAGAGAAUACGUCAAGUAAUUCGGAAAUUCAACUAUGUUGCAAUGGACACAGAAUUUCCAGGUGUCGUAGCACGGCCGAUUGGAGAAUUCAGAAGCAAUGCAGACUAUCAGUAUCAACUGUUGCGCUGUAAUGUGGAUUUGCUGAAGAUUAUACAGCUGGGGCUAACAUUUGUAAAUGAGCAGGGCGAGUACCCUCCAGGGACCUCCACAUGGCAAUUUAAUUUCAAAUUUAAUCUUACGGAGGAUAUGUAUGCUCAAGACUCAAUAGAGCUUCUUACAACUUCUGGUAUCCAGUUUAAAAAACAUGAGGAGGAAGGAAUUGAUACAAUGUAUUUUGCAGAAGUUCUUAUGACAUCUGGUGUAGUAUUAUGUGAAGGUGUCAAGUGGCUUUCAUUCCACAGUGGGUAUGACUUUGGCUACUUGAUCAAAAUACUCACCAAUUCGAACCUACCUGAAGAAGAACCAGACUUCUUUGAGAUCUUAAGGUUGUUCUUCCCUGUAAUUUAUGAUGUGAAAUACCUCAUGAAAAGCUGCAAAAAUCUCAAGGGUGGUUUGCAGGAAGUAGCUGAACAAUUGGAGUUGGAGCGAAUUGGGCCACAGCAUCAAGCAGGUUCAGAUUCACUAUUAACAGGAAUGGCCUUCUUCAAAAUGCGAGAGUUUUAUCUUUUCUUUCCCUUCAGAUGUUCUUUGAGGAUCACAUUGAUGAUGCCAAAUACUGUGGCCAUCUGUAUGGUCUUGGCUCCGGCUCAUCAUAUGUUCAGAAUGGCACGGGGAAUGCAUAUGAAGAAGAAGCUAAUAAACAGCAGCCUUGACCUGAAAUGGGGAGAUUAAUUUUUUGGGCCACAUAUACUGGAUCUGAUUUUUAUCUUGCGUCUGGCUUUCUCAGACCUUCAGGUUUUUUUCCUUUCCCUGUUCCGUCUGUUCACUAGAUUUGUGCCAAUAUCAUGGGCAUUCUGGCCUUGGCAAAGAAAUUCAUUGUAAGUAUAAUUCGCCCAGCUAUUUGUAGUACAGAAAUUUUUUUCACAAAUUGCUUGAAAAAGUGGGAAAAUAACCACCUGAAUGAAUUUUCAAACAGUUAUUUUCCUCUCUUCUUUCUGAAAGCAUCUAAAAUGUAUAAUCUGGUUAUAUGUCGUUCCAAUCUAAUAUGUGGCACUUAAAAUAAAGAUAACAGGAAUUUUAGCUAUUCAGGAUUGUGGACCAUCAAAUUUGCACUUUAGAGAGUGACUGGUUCCUCUAUUUUAUGGGAAUUUUGCUGCUUGUUCUCACGAAUGAGAUAAGAAAGCCCAGAAACUUGAACUACACACCAUUGAGUUACUGUUUGUGGAUUUUCUGUGCCUGCUGGCUUAGUGUGACAGCGUCUCCACUACUGGUUUGUGGUAACAAACAAUUUUACUGAAGCUCUUGUAUUUGCUGCAGUUGAAAAAGGAAGUCUGUAAGUGUUGCCUUACAUUUUUUCCUGUUAACAUCUUUUUUUCUUCUGGGAACGUUUCCCGUACACACAGUCUGACAUAUCAGAAGUGCAGCUAGCUGAACCAAAACCAGCAUCUCACACACAUUGUGCUACAGCUACCACAUCUGUUUGUACAUUCUGACUGCGUUGUUGUAAUAAAAUAAAACUUGAAUCAGUUUAAUUUCAGUUUUUAAAAAAAACAGAAUUUAUACUUAACACAGUUUAGCACUGAUGUCAUUAGUGUCAGAUUAUGUACAUGAUGCGAUGUUGUUUAUGGCACAACAGCCUUUUUUUCCAACGGAAGAAUGUUCUGAGAUUUUUUCAAGCUCUGCUUUAUUACAAAAAAUAUUUUCAUUCUCAGUGGCAGCAAUUAUUACAACAGUUCAGGAGCAUUUCAGUUACACCAAAGCCAGGCUUCCUCCAAAGUUAUUGCAGAGAAAAAAUGAAAAAGCACUGUCUAGCAUGCAUGAAAUUUUUAACUUCAAGAUUUUCUCUGACCAGUUCCUUUUUCAUAACAGAGUACAACAAUUUUUGUCUUCUGAUGUCAUUUUAGUCAGGGUUUUUAUGUUCAGCUUGCCUUCCAACUAGGCUUCAACGCCUCUUUUUGCUGAUGGUUGCAUUAUUUCUGUGGAUCAGCUGGUGGCAGGAAGCAUACAUUAAAAAGAAAAUAGGGUUUUCCCCAGAGUGAUUACCGUACCUAGUGGUGUAGUUGGGAACUGGUUAAAAACCUUUUUGGUGAUUUGGUUUGCUAGUCUACAGAGCUUCAAGCCCUUGAUGAUGGAGAGAGAGACAAUUGUUGGUGCGAGGCCAGACAUGAUUGUGAAACAUUGAUAGUCAUUCUAUGUUAGGGCUUUCAAAACAUGUUACUACUCAUGACUGGUAUUGAUAAAAAUUCAAAAACAUUGAAGUAUUUCUGUUUUAUUUACCAUUUUACUUUUGUAUGAUCAAAAAAAGUUGAUUUUUUUUUUAAAAACCUUUGCAAGGGCAUACUGUCUUUUUACAGUAUUGCAAUUCCAUAAGUAGCAUUGCAUAGGUAUAUCAGCUGAGAGUGAUGCUGGUUUUGAUGCAGCAUGACUUGCUAUGCAACCCCUUUAGUACAUUAUAUAUGAGCUGUAAACUCCAUGUAAUAUAUUAUUGAGUCUUAUGCAUUGUAUCCUGCAUGCCUGUAGAGCAGCUGCGGAGGAAGACCUUUACUGAAUAGUUGGUACUUGCCUGGAACCAUCAAUUGCAUGUUGCAAAAUUCAGUUAUUAGAUUUCAGAGCUUGGGAAAAGGUCAAAAUCUCCCGACCUGUGUGACUACAAUGUAAUUAAUGUGUUCUGUUCUUUCAUUAUGUUACAGAACUGUAACUUAAUGGACCUUUUUUUAAAGCAAUUAUGUGGAAAAACAAGGUAUUAUUUGUUUUUAAACCUUUUUGUAAAUAAAGGCUUCAGAUUUGUUUCUUA